UUGUCAGUGUGUUCCGCUUUUUCUGCAACGCUACAGUGGAGUGUGUUCACUCCGGUGUUGUUGGCUGAAGCAGAACGGACGCCGCGUCUCUCUCUCGCUCCCUCUUCCUCUGUGUGUCCCAGUGAAGCGUUCCUGCCUGCCGCUUUCUGACCCUCAUUCACCCGCGUGGAGCCGUGACACGGUGCGAGGAGCCAAACCAGGGUUGAAAGGAGGACGCACGCUCGAGCACUCGUCCAGAUGGACUAACAGUGAAGCCCGAAGCACUGGGCACGAGAGAUGAGGGCUCACACACUUGUUCUCUUGUGACUAGAGCAGGGGUGAGGAGUGAGAAUGCGUUUCCUGGCCUCCCGGGUCCAUUACAAGACCCUUAUGGUGAUCUGCACCCUUCUCACUCUAGUCACCGUAAUCCUGUGGAACAGGUGCACCAAUGAGAAGGUGUUGCAUUCUUUACCUAGGACCUUUUUAGCCCCGCCCAGCCCAGGAGUGGCCAGAAUUCAGCAGGAGGCCCAGCCCCCCGAGGCCCCACCGGUGGUCGGAGGCGGAGUCAGAUACGAGGAGAUCGACUGCCUCAUCAAUGAUGACAUCACUAUUAAAGGCAGACGCGAGGGCACGGAGGUCUACAUGCCUUUCAGCUGGAUGGAGAAAUACUUUGAGGUGUACGGCAAAGUGGUCCAGUAUGACGGCUAUGAUCGCUUCGAGUUCUCACACAGCUAUUCCAAAGUGUAUGCGCAGAGGGAACCUUACCGGCCCAAUGGAGUCUUUAUGUCCUUCGAAGGCUACAAUGUGGAGGUCCGUGACCGAGUGAAGUGCAUCAGUGGUGUAGAAGGAGUGCCUCUGUCAACACAGUGGGGUCCUCAGGGUUAUUUCUAUGCCAUUCAGAUAGCCCAGUAUGGUCUGAGUCACUACAGUAAAAACCUGACUGAGCGAGCCCCCCAUGUGGAGGUCUAUGACACGGCCGAGGAGCACAACAACAAGCCGAACUCAUGGAGCAUUCCCAAGGGCUGCACUCUCAUCACAAGCUACGACAAGACCCGUGCCUCCACCGUCCAUCUGUUUAACGCUCCAGAGAACUCUGAGGGCAUCUCUCUUUUUCUUGGCAACACAAAGGAUUUCAUUAUCUCCUUUGACUUAAAAUUUGCAUCCAAUGGCAGCGUGUCUGUCACACUGGAGACGACGGAGAAGGGUCCACCAUUUGUGAUUCACUACGUCACUAGCAAUCAGCUCAUUGCCUUUAAAGACCGCUCUAUCACUUACGGCAUUGGGCCUCGUUCAGCCUGGACCACGGUGACUCGGGACCUCCUCACAGAUCUGCGCAAGGGCAUUGGCCUGUCCAACACUAAGGCUGUCAAGGCCACCAAAACCAUGCCACGGCGUGUGGUCAAAAUGAUUUUGCACGGUCGAGGUGCCAUCGACAACGUGACAAUUUCCACUACGGCCCACAUGGCUGCUUUUUUUGCUGCAAGUGAUUGGCUAGUGAAGAACCAAGAUGAACAUGGUGGCUGGCCAAUACUGGUAACCCGCAAACUUGGCGACGGCUUCCGGGCCCUGGAGCCUGGCUGGUACUCUGCAAUGGCGCAAGGCCAGGCCAUGUCUACCCUGGUAAGGGCAUAUCUCCUCACCAAAGACGAGACAUACCUGAAAGCAGCAGUGAGUGCCACUGGGCCUUAUAAGGUACCGUCUGAAAAACAUGGCGUAAAAGCCGUCUUUAUGAACAAGUACGAUUGGUAUGAAGAGUAUCCAACCUCACCAAGUUCAUUCGUCCUCAACGGCUUUAUCUACUCUCUGAUUGGGCUCUAUGACCUGGCACAGACAGCAAAAGAAGGGGACGGACGUGAGGCAGCACGACUAUACGACAAGGGCAUGGAUUCGCUCAAGGCAAUGGUGCCACUUUACGACACUGGUUCAGGCACUAUUUAUGAUCUACGUCAUUUCAUGCUGGGCACAGCACCCAACCUAGCACGAUGGGACUACCACACUACGCACAUAAAUCAAUUGCAGCUGCUGGCUUCCAUCGAUGACUCGCCGAUCUUCAGGGACUUUGCCAAGCGCUGGAAAAGCUACAUGAAAGGAGGGCGAGCCAAGCACAACUAGAGCUGGAGGCAACGGUGGACAAAAACCUGCCGGCAUAAACGCCUCAAUCCCUGAAGGGAAGCUGAAUUAGCCCAUGGAGAAAAAACUGAAAGGAAAGCCCAGAGUGGCCAUGGCUAACCUCUCGGGUAUUUUGGGCUUGAAACUAAUUUGUACUGGAAGCUCCUAACUAAGUACAAAUUAAGUGUUUAUGGCAAAAGUGUGUAUGGUUUUAAUGGGGUGGGGAUUUGCUUGACUUGAAUCUUGCAGUGAGGAAUCCAGCAUGAUUAGAUAUGUUCGCACACACUUGGCCGUAGGGAUAUCACAAUGAUUAUCACAACUUUCUUCCAAAAUUCUUUCUUGCUAUUUGUGUAGACAUCAGUCUCAUUAAUAACAAUAACAAUAGUAAUAAUAAUUGGGAAAAUACAACACAAAUGCCUUCUUAGGCAUCCUUACUAUAAGUCUUUUGGUCAAAAGAAAAGGUAGCCUGGCAAAUGCUUCCAACCUUUUCCUGUCUCCCUAAUUUUAGCUUAGGUCAGUAGCAAACCUCAGGCCUCCAAUUUAAUUAGUGCCCUUCCUUACCCUGCUUGAGUGCUCCACUGCACUUGGUGUGUUUGGUAAAGAUGGAAACCCUAUUUCCAAUGCAAUUCCAGGCUUUUAAAACCUCUGUGUAUUUCUAAAACCAGAGUCUUUUAUUUAAAUAAAAUGAAGAUAAUAUAACUUAUGGAUUGAUCCUAGAGCUUGGCUUAAAAUGUUUAAACAAGCCUAGAUACACUGACCAGUCUUAUAAUAAACUACUGAUUAAAUAAAGAAAGUUUGUUAGUUAAAGUUAAAUAAAGAAUAAAACAAAAAACAAUUCAACAGUCGAUUUGCAGAAAUGAUGAGAAGUCUAUAGAGACAAGUAGGUGAACACUUUACCAAUCACACCCAUAGAUGCUUACUGAACUUCCCAUUCCAGAUUUGUUCACCGCUUUCCUGUUAUAUAAUAAUAUAUUCUGGAAAUGCUUUCACUAGAUAUUUGCCGCAUGGUUCUGAGGAUUUGCUCAUUUAGCCACAAUAGCAAUAGUGAGGUCAGGUACUGGUGUUAAACGAGAAGGUCUGGCACACAGUCUGCUGUCUAGUUCAUCACUAAAGUGUUUAGUGAGUUCUCUGUGUAGGCUCGAAAUCUUCAACAGUAACCACAGUGGCAUUGGAACAGGUUUGGGACUCUUGGUGCAAUUAAAGAGAAGUUUGCUGUUGUGUAGUACACAGAAGUAUUUAUUGAUAGUACUCUUCUAAACACUUGUGGAAUUCAGACUGUGGGAAGGCUCACAUGGGUGUGAUAGUCAGAUGUCUACAAGCAUUCGGCUAUAUAGUAAAUAUUUUCUCAACCCAUUCUCAUGAAAUUUGUUAAAUACAAUCAAUUGAGGAAGAUGUAGUUGGAUUUCAAUCAAGUUCAUACAAAUUACUUAUGAUGAAAUUCGAUUAAUGCUAAGAGUUUGAACACAACCUUUCAUAUCAGGUAAUCUGUGUGAAUUGGUAGGAGAAUUGGUUUCUAGAAAUGAUAUGGAAGUGUCUGAAUUUGAAAAGCGGGCUAUCUCUUAAAGUACAUCUCUCUUCCUGCAGUAGGGUUUGGAUACAUCAUGGGCAGAAAUUUAGGAUGAAUUAUGUGGGAACAUAACAAUCACAAUCUUUGCAUGCUUGCCAAAAGGCACACAAGAACCAAUAUGAAACAUUAACACCCUGAGGAAUAUUACACCACAGACAUAGCCAUUUGAAUGACUUUCUGAUCAAAUCAAAGGCUAGCCAGGCUGAAAGUUGUCCUUGAUUAGGUUUUUAAAUUUAUAACAGGUUUUUCUUUUCUUUUUUUCUUUUUUUUUUUUUUUUUUAUUGAUUUGUGAACCGCAUGUAGCAGCAACGUGAGCCAAUGAAUUACCCAGAGCUCCUCUGGGGAAGGGUGACUGAGAACAGCUUACUGCAGACUCUGCAGUUCUAUGGAAACUUUUAAGUAGCAUGACUGACCAUUUGCUGUCAUUGCCCAUCAUCUCAAACCGUAAACCUUAACCAAAAGCUAAAAGGUGCAAGGACGUAAAAGUCGUCGCCAUAAAACAGUCCUAAAUGCUGACGGUCUGAACCGCACUAGGUGCCGGUCACUUUCUGUUCAUUCACGUCCUAUGAGUAAUUGAAUCAUUGCGUUCCUUCACAUACCUGUGUGUGGGCUUAAUUCUGUUUAACAGGUUUGAAUUAAACAUAUAAGGCAAUCAGCUGGGUUGUUGAUUGCAGCAUUGUAGCUUGAUUGAUUUUCCUUUUCCUCUUCUCUUUUUUUUUUUUUCUUUUCUUAAUCCAUUACUUUAGUUUUGACGUCUGUUUGAGUCUUAAACCGAAUGAACGUCCCGUGGGGAUGCAGAUUGACAGAACAUCUGGCUUGAAUUCAUACUUCGUAUAAGUGAAGCAUAUUGUCUGUACAUCAGACUGUACAGCCUGCACUGAAUGUGUUCAGUGGAGCAGAAGAGAAUGACUGAUUCUCAUAAGCUAUACAGUGUGUUUAAAGUUUUGGUAACUUUAAUAAAUAUAGGGCUAUAUGAAACCUACAUAAAACCCUUUAUGACCCCAUAUGCCGUGUAAUCAGGUGCAAUGUUUCAAGUCGCAGAUUUUUCGAUUAGAUUUUUUGUUUGUUUGAGAUCAUCAUGACAACUGACUUUGUAGCCCAUUGAACCCACUGUUACUAUUUUCAUAAGAUAUUUAAAAAUACUUCUGGCAUGUCAUUGCGUUGUCACGACUAAUCAUUUCUUCCCCCUUGUCAGUUCUUUAGUCUUUUACUGUUUGAGAUUUUUUAAAUUAUGGUCUCAGCACCAUAACUGUCAGUUGUUUGUAAUUCCCCAGACUUCACAUCAAUGUUAUAUACACUUACUCUGACAUACUCAUACUCUGAGCUCCAAAGUUAUGAAUGAGUGAUGUUUGGGCGUUCUCUACAGAACAACCGUAUGUCAAUAAAAACCUGAGUGUCAGCUUGAUAUCAACAUUAACGCAGCUUUCGACAGCUGACACCUGAUAGAAAAUAAGUUUUAUUAAACGUAUUUUUGUUUUUAUAGGCUUGUGUAGGUUUUAUCUAGCCCUAAUCUACUGGUAAAAUAUCAGAGUUACCAAAGUUGUAAGAAAGUUUAAUAUUUCCAGAAUUAUUUUUUUAGUGUACAUAAUUAUUAUAUAAAAAAGGCAGAGAAUUUAUAAUUCAAGUCUUGUAUCUAAAAGAUUUUCACUUCUAUAAAUAAAAAAAAGCUAAAAACGCAAGCUAUUGGAAUAAAUGUACCAUGUGUAAAGCCUUCCCCAGUGCGCCAUAGCUCCGGCUUCAAUUGAGAUGUUUUGUGUGUGCGAGAGUGUGUGUAGAAGCAUUUGGCCCGAUCACCUUGUGCUCCUCAGAAGCACAGAUGUCUCAAGCUCAGUAGCAAAACCUUUACCCUGGAGAGCUCGGUCACUUUUCCCCGAUCCGAUCCAGUCUCAGCCAAGACACAGACAUGUACAGUAUUCUGCCCAUCUCAAUGCGCUGCCUGUUGGCUAUUUCCCUCAGCACACACUUAUUAUUAUUAUUAGAGAAAACGCGAAGAUGUCUUACUCAAGAUCUUGGGAUUGUGUCGCUGCUUGCUAGGUGGAGUUUAGUCCAAGAGACUUUUCAACUCAUGACAGAUUUAUCUUUUUUUUUAAUGACUGUCUUUUCCUUAAACAUCACUUUUGUAUCAGUGUUCGGGUUUAAACAUUCAUCUUAUGAAGAUUUCUAUGCACAUUUCAUACUUGGCAUAAUAACAGGACUUCGGUCUUAAAAGGGAAAUAACAUUGUUACUAGGAGGAUCUGAAAAUCUUUUGUUCAUACCAAAGUCUUUAAAGAUUAUUUUGUUCUUUUUUGUUUUGUUUUUGUAUAUUGUUAUGUAAUGAAUGGUGGCGAUAUAAAUAAUAGUGUGAAUCUGAUUACCUUUAUAAGGCCUUGUAAUGCUGUUUAGUUUUGUAAGAGUAGAUUUCUAUAGAGUAGAGAGAGAUCCAGAGGAGAGACUAUAAUAAUCACAGCCGUCUAUGGGGAUGUGUGCAACUGUUCUGCUAGCAUUAUGCGCUAAAUAAUGAGAAACUUGGGGCAGCUGAUCUGUCACAGGAAUCUCCGUUUCAUAUCCUGAGUUGCUUUGGGGUUUGAAUUAUGGUUAGCUGUUGGUAUAAACAGCAUUAAAGCACAAACACUGUCAGUCUGUUAAUUUAUUCUAAUCAUUUUUUCUUUCAAUAAUUAUUGUUUAUUUUCCCCCUCUGGACAAUGUGCAAGAUCUUCAUCAGAGAGCUGCUACUGUGUUCGCUGUGUACAUUUGUCUUUUUGUUUUUUGGGUUUUUUUCGUGUGUGUUUUUAUUUUUUGUCAUCUCCUCCUCUACCUUCUCUUCUGCACAGUCCUGAACUGGAAGCAGAUCCACGAGGAGUCGGUUACAUGUGACGUAUGCAAUAAAAAAGGCGAGACGGCGAGAGCCCCGAGAGGCUGGACACAGUUUGCAAUGCAAGCACAACGUGCACACGCCACCAUUUUUAUGCAGGAAAAAAAAUGUUUAUAUUAAAAAAAGUUCAAUCUUUGUGCUUUAAAUUGCUUUUUAAAGUUGUAAAAUAAAGGCAUUUUUUUUUCUUAAAAC